GAGGAGCGCUGUUGGCAUGGCAACGCCGGGCGCAACAAAGUAACCUGCCGUCAAAGUGCGGCGCCGGACAGAGGCUGGUAGUGCCAGAGUAGAGCCCGCAGCAAGCCGAUAGAGUACUUCUGCGGUGGGCACGAGCCACCAGGCAAGCUGACAAACAGAAAAAAAAUAGUAAAUGCUUCGUUUUCCAGUCCUGUCUUCGUUGUUUCAUUGAUGUUGGUGCAAAGUUGACUGCAGAAAAUGGAACCCGAAAGCCCGUCAUUUCCACAGCAGCUCAAAGACAAUGAUUACAUUCAGUCACCAACUACCUUUGAUAAUGGCAUUGCCACUGAUAAUGGAAGAAGAAACACUGAACAAGGUGUGAUCACACCGGGAAGUGACAGAGUGGAGAACAGAGGUGACCCUUUGAAGAGUCGGGUGUUCGUGAACAGUCCAGGAAGUUUGGAUGAAUCUGCUGGCUCCUAUCAUUUUGUUACAUUCACAGUAAAUAUAACUCUUGCUAUACCUGGAGAGGAAAAGAACAAUUCAAAUCUUGCAGCAGGAAAAGGAAAAAACAAAAAAGGCAUAAUUGAGGCCCCAAAACCUCAAAGUUUCUACCACAUUGAGUUUUGCCUUUUUCCAGAACACUCCGAGACAAGCAAGGUGGAUGUAGUAAUGUUUGGACCAGCAGCAAAAGUCUACAUGGAUAGUGAAACAAAGGUAAUAUAUCCAUGGUAUGAGGGCAAUCAAACAUGGCUUACCUGGAGUCACAGUUUUGAUCGUAAAGUCAAUAGAAACUUUAUUCUAAAACUGACUUCUCACAAAAUAACCUUUAGAGUCUGGGACCUAAAGGAGAAACUCUCAGGAAAGGCAAAGAGUGAUAGGCCUAAAACCUUUCGACUGCCACAGUUGAAAAGUGAAGAUGAUCCAGAAAGUGCUGGUUUUAUGAUUCAGCAACAAAGAAAUUGGUACGAGAAGUCUCAGCCUAAAGCAAGCUUUGUGGACUGGAAACAAAAGGGCAUCUCAGUAUCAGAUGGUCCUCAGUGUUUGGAGAAAAUGAUAUCCAUGAGAGGGCAAGCCCUGAUGUUGGAAGCAGAUGACGUUUUGCCUCAGAACGGGGAUCCAAGAAUGAAGGCUUCUAAGCGGGAUGCCAUGACCUUAGAUGGGCUGCAGCAGCCUGAUUUGGUAAUAGGAGCCGAUGACAGACUGAACCGUGUGCGGGGGAAGAACCCAAGCAAGUCCAAACAAAAGCCAGAGGAACUGGUUGAGGCUGCUGAACUGGCCAGGAGGAAUGGCACCGCAGUGGAAGUGGAUCCCAUAACCCUGCUGGCAGGAGAGCUCUCUGUGACGGACCGUUUGAGCCCAACACCUUUUAUCCUUGAUGGCUACUUCACCAUUUCUUUAGACCAGCCGCUUUUCUCUGAGGAGCUCAAACAGGAUCUGAAACCCCUUGUCAUCCGAAUUGAAUCUGCCACAGGUCUCCCAACAUCUCCCAUUCCCAUUCACCAUCUCCAGCAAUUGUGUUUGCCUGUGUAUUGUCAGUACAAGAUACUCCACUUGGCUGACCACUGCACCAGGGGACGUGAUCAUGGGACUCAUGUUUACUUCCGAGAUAUCAAUGUAGCUCUCACUGGCCUCCUAAGUGUAGUCGAGUUUCAAGAGUACCUGGCUGGAAAGGGUCUUGAAAUUGAGGUUCACGAUCGAGACAGAAGGGCCACCAAAUUGAAGAGAAAACCAGCUCUAUUUGGCACCGAACCUGAAGACCUGAAGUUAAGUAAUGCUGGGCUUGUGUGCAGUAAGGACACAAUCCAUAAUCCCUUUACCAAUAAAGACAAAGUGUUUGACCCAUAUGGUGUUGCAUUGAUUGACCUUUCUGAUUUGCUGCGUGGUGAGAGGAUCAUAAAUGUGUCUGUGCCAAUUCUAUCAUCUCCGCCUCCUGAUCCCACUGGCUGCCAGGCCUCUGGAUGGGAUAGAAGAAUUGCUGGACAUGCUGGCUCUGUAGAUGGCCCUCAGGAUCCUCCUUUACCUCCUGGACAUUAUGUGGAUUCAUGUUCACAGCUAAAGGUUAGCAUCGAAAUAGCCUGUCCACUAACUCAAGCGUCCUUGGCUGCUCCAUUUCCAGCAUCUGAUUGGCUGUUUGGAAGAAUGAUCUGCAUCUUGGGGCCUGAGAAUAAUGUUUUGCUGAAUAAAGUGAUGUAUGAGGUCAUGAAGAUCAAUGCUGUGGCCCUGAACCUGAACCUUCCUACCCAUCUGUUAAAUGCUGCUAUUUCAUCUUAUAAGCUGAAAGAUGACAGCCAUGAGCUGGACAUCAUUACUGGCUUUCACGUGCAUGAUGGUGAGGUCCACCUCUUGGUUUUAGAGGGGCUGCAGAAGAGAGGAAUGCAGAUUCUUUGGAAAGCUUUUCCACCAAGGUCUGAAAUUCCUGAGUUGCAUAGGUGGGAUGUUUUCUACAACUCACAACUAAGCUUCCAGAAGCGUUUGUACUCCAGCUUGGGUGUUGGCCUCUUCAAUGUUCAUCUCCACAAGCCUCUGUCCGAGCUCACCAGGCAACCUCUCUUCUAUGUCAGGGACAUGGUUCCUCAUGCUUGCUUCCAUGCUGUUUUAAGGCUUGACAUAAUAUGCCAGAUGAAGACACUGAGGGACACGCUGCGCAAAGACCUCUUUCCCACAGCUGAAAUGAUCCUGGGUUUAGGGGAAGAACUAGGAAUUCCUCCUGGGCAGGCCGUAGUGGCGUCCUCCAAGGCAGCCAUGCCCACACCGAGUUCUGACCACAUUCCUGCCCAGGUCAAAAGCAAGUCAAAGUUCCCACCACUGGACAACCAUAACUGGGACUAUGUUAUAAUGAAGCAAAACUCUCUGCAGAAAAGCCAGGAAAGAGAUUUCAUUCAGGGGAACAUUGACCUUAUCAACCAAGCAAGCCAAAGAAUUCAGCGGCCCAAGGUACCAAUGAUCACAGCUCUUCCUCCAGCUGGCAAAGCCGCUUACAACUACAGUGGGCAGGCAAUGAACUCCACUGAGCUCUCCAUGCAGCUUCUCAGAAGGGAGAUGGCAAAGGAGCCAAAGCGACUGUUCACCUACAACCAAGAGUACAUGUCUGCCACUGUUCUUCCAAUAGAUAUUGAAAAGGAUGCAAAAGAGAAGCAAGCCAGGUCAAAGGCAUGCUGGCGCACUACUGAGGGCUUCACAUACCCAGGAUUCAAGAGCUCUAUUGAGAGCAACCGACAUCACAAAAUUCCAGAUACUGCCCGUCUGGAUGAACUGCAAAAGCCUUGGAUAGAAAAUCUUCCUCAUGCCAACGUUCUGCAGCCCACACUGUCACGGGGCAGAUGGACAUGGAGCAGAAGAGCAGAGGAUUUUGAACUCUACAAGAAGCCAAACGCUUUUUUCAGUUCCAAAGCCCCUGUAACCAUCUUCUUAGCAGGAGAUUCUCUGCAGGAGGAGCAACUGCAAGCUGCCCAGAGACAAUACCAGAACUGGCAGCAGAAGGUUGUGGUCAUGGGUGGCAUGAAGUUUUCUCGACACUCCCAUGAGUCACUUGAAGACAAGCGACCAAUGCCCUCCCUUGGACAGUCAGCCCCGCCAGUACAGGUUUGUAAUCAGCAGUCUGGGAAUUUCUCUUACCAACUCACUAAAUAAAAUAAAACACAAUAA